UUUACCUCUCUGCUAGAGCACUUUAUUCUCUUUUUCUCAAAUUGUCAUCAAAGGUGAAUGGAAAAACGGGUGUCAAAAUAUUAUUGGUUAGUAUACUUCCAAACUUGAUAUUUCAAUACCUUCCACCAAUCCCAUCAAGCUCCACUUCUCUCCAGCCAUGGAUGCUGCUAGCACAGUAACAAUCAAUUGUCUCGCAAAAUCAACUAACUUAACUACCUUAACCCCAAUAUGGCCUCAGACAAUACCACAAAUUUUGAAUCUUAAUUACUGUAACAAUCCCAGCAAUAAAAAUGUUUCCUUAUUUCUCAGGAGCUGCUCCACAAAACCAAACAUCAAUAGAGAAAAUGAAACGGAUGAAAAUUUGACUGUUGAGCCCAGUUCACAUUCAAGAACUCAAAAACAAGCCAAGCCCACUUCGAUUCAAUCCCUUUCUUCUUCAAAUUCAUCAUUUUCGAGAGGUUUAGUCUUUGAUUUGGGUACCAAGAAUUCUUGGGAUAGCCUUGAAGUUGGGUCGCCUGUGGUGAAAAGGUACCUAAGUGAUGAUGAAGAGAGGUGGUACAUGUGGUACCAUGGGAGAUCUGGUGAAAACCCGGAUUUUGAAUCGAUCGGAUUGGCAGUUUCAAGCAAUGGAAUUCACUGGGAGAGAGGUGGAGGGGCUGUUAAAUCAAGUGCUGAUGUGGGGUUGGUGAUGAAUUGUAGUAAAGAUUGGUGGGCAUUUGAUAUACAGAGCAUUAGGCCUUGUGAAAUUGUGAUUAUGUCUAGUACAAAGGUCAGAUCAAACAAUGCUGUUUACUGGCUUUAUUACACCGGAGUUAGCUCCGAAUAUGUCGAAUUUUCAGAUAAUUCUUUGGAAUUUAGUCUCAAGAAUCCUGAGAGGGCACACAUUGUUGGUGAUUUUAGUAAUGAAAAUGAGGGCAAAAGCAAGAUUUUGAAGUCAUUGCCUGGUUUGGCAAUGAGUCAAGAUGGAAGGCACUGGGCUAGAAUUGAGGGGGAGCAUCAUAGCGGAGCACUGUUUGAUGUGGGAUCAAAUGGAGAGUGGGAUUCUUUAUUCAUUGCCUCUCCACAGGUUGUUUAUCAUGGUAGUGGUGAUCUUAGAAUGUAUUACCACUCAUUCGAUGCAGAAAGUGGACACUUUGCAGUUGGCAUUGCCCGGUCCAGGGAUGGAAUGAGGUGGGUGAAAUUGGGGAAAAUUCUUGGAGGAGGUGCAAAUGGUGCAUUUGAUGAGUGUGGGAUAGUGAAUCCUAAGGUCAUUAGGAACAAGAAAAAUGGGACAUAUUUGAUGGUUUAUGAAGGUGUUGCUGCUGAAGGUGAGAGGAGUAUCGGAUUCGCAGUAUCUUCAGAUGGAUUGAAGCAAUGGAGGAGGGUUCAAGAUUUUCCAUUGUUGAAGAAAUCUCAAGAAAAUGGAUGGGAUUGUGAAGGGGUGGGAUCACCUUAUUUAGUGCAAAUGGAUAGAGAUUUAGAUGAAUGGAGAUUAUAUUACAGAGGGAUUGGCCAAGGGGGAAGAACAGGGAUUGGAUUGGCAAUUUCCCAAGGAACUGAACUGAACAAUUUCCAGAGAUGGACAGGAUUUCAUUUUUGAGGCAUAUGUUCUAAUAUUUCUUGUCUAUUUUGGUGAUAUUCAUUUGUUCAAUUCAGUAAUUAUGGGAUUCUUUAUCUAUACUGGGUUAACAUGAUGGUACAAAUGAAUGUUACUUUUAGAUUAUCAUG